UCGAGUCCGGUCCUUGCAAAACCGGAUGUUGGUGGCUGUGGAUGGCUGUGGAUGGCUGUGGGUGGCGUCAGCUUGGCCAGCUGCACAGUGGACCGCAAUCAGGACAGAGGUGUCAUCGUGUAAAUGUGUCGCGAAGAGUGGGCUGGAGUGAACAUGGUGCUGUGGCUGUUCGGAGCUGCGUUGCUGCUGAGUCAAGCCGCCGGCUUCUACCUCCCUGGUCUGGCGCCCGUCAGUUUCUGUGAGCCCGGGAAAGACCAAGUCCCAGACUGUAAGUCAACCAUUGAGCUGUUUGUGAACAGGCUGGAUUCAGUGGAGUCUGUUCUGCCUUAUGAAUAUACUGCGUUUGACUUCUGCUCAGAGAAAACAUUGAAACGUCCAUCAGAAAAUUUGGGCCAGGUCCUUUUUGGGGAGAGAAUUGAACCCUCGCCAUACAAGUUUGAGUUUAAGAAACCUGCAGUGUGUCAGAAGGUGUGUACCAAAACGUAUGACACCAACAACCCAUCAGACAAAAACAAACUGGAUUUCCUCAAGAAAGGCAUGUUGCUGAACUACCAGCAUCACUGGAUUGUGGACAACAUGCCGGUCACCUGGUGCUAUGAUGUUGAAGAUGGACAGAAGUUCUGUAAUCCUGGUUUCCCGAUAGGCUGUUAUGUCACAGAAGCAGGUCGAUCCAAAGACGCCUGCGUGGUCAAUUCUAACUUUAAGGAGCAGGAUGCUUUCUACAUCUUUAAUCAUGUGGACAUUACCAUCAGUUACCACAUUGUUGAGAAUGAACAACUGGGAGCCCGGUUGGUUGCUGCCAAGAUUGAACCCAAAAGUUAUGAAAACCCCAGUGAUGACGCUCCUGAUUGCUCUGGAGGACCAAAGUUCCUGAAAAACAAAUAUGAAGGAGUGUAUAAGAUCCCAUACACUUACUCUGUCAAUUUUGUGGAAGACAGAAAAAUCCGCUGGGCGUCCAGAUGGGACUACAUCCUGGAGUCAAUGCCUCACACCAACAUCCAGUGGUUCAGCAUCAUGAACUCGCUGGUGAUUGUGUUGUUCCUGUCAGGAAUGGUGGCCAUGAUCAUGUUGAGGACUCUGCAUAAAGACAUCGCCAGAUACAACCAGAUGGACUCAGUGGAGGAUGCUCAGGAGGAGUUUGGAUGGAAGCUGGUCCACGGAGAUGUUUUCCGCCCUCCCAGGAAGGGGAUGCUGCUGUCAGUUUUCCUCGGCUCUGGAACCCAGAUCUUCAUUAUGACCUUUGUCACCCUCUUCUUUGCCUGUCUUGGGUUCCUCUCUCCGGCGAACCGUGGAGCUCUGAUGACCUGUGCUGUUGUUCUCUGGGUUCUUCUGGGAACUCCUGCGGGAUAUGUGGCCGCACGCCUCUACAAAUCGUUUGGAGGAGAGAAGUGGAAGACCAACGUUCUGCUGACAGCCUUCCUCUGUCCUGGGGUGGUGUUUGCAGACUUCUUUGUGAUGAACUUGAUCCUGUGGGGGGAGGGCUCUUCAGCAGCCAUGCCCUUUGGCACCUUGGUUGCCAUUUUGGCUCUCUGGUUCUGCAUCUCAGUGCCCCUCACCUUUAUAGGAGCGUACUUUGGCUUUAAGAGAGCAGGCAUCGAGCACCCAGUGAGGACAAAUCAGAUUCCUCGUCAGAUCCCGGAGCAGUCUUUCUACACAAGACCGUUCCCUGGAAUCAUCAUGGGAGGAAUUCUGCCUUUUGGAUGUAUAUUUAUUCAGCUCUUCUUCAUACUUAACUCCAUCUGGUCCCAUCAGAUGUACUACAUGUUUGGCUUCCUCUUCCUGGUCUUUAUUAUCCUGGUCAUCACGUGCUCUGAGGCGACCAUCUUGCUGUGCUACUUCCACCUCUGUGCUGAGGAUUAUCAUUGGCAGUGGCGUUCGUUCCUGACCAGCGGCUUCACCGCGGUCUAUUUCCUGGUUUAUGCCGUCCAUUACUUCUUCUCUAAGCUGCAAAUCACUGGACUGGCCAGCACCAUCUUGUACUUUGGUUACACCAUGAUCAUGGCUCUCAUCUUCUUCUUAUUCACUGGUACAAUCGGCUUCUUCGCCUGUUUCUGGUUUGUGACUAAGAUCUACAGCGUGGUCAAAGUGGACUGAAGGAUCCAACGAUGCGACCGACUGUAUUUGACUGGGUGUUUUGUUUUGGUUUUCCUCCCAUCAUGCUUUGGAACCUUCAGUGUUGACUAAAUGAACUGAACACUCUCCUCCUGCUCUUUGUCGCCCCGGACACGUGACCAGCCUCGCUUUUCUUUGCUCGGGGUUUGAGCGUCGCUGACACCGGGUUGUUGUUUUGUACAUGUGCAUUAAUCUGAGUGAGAAGCGUCAUCGCAGAGCCACAGUCUGACACA